AUUUCCUGUCCCUUCAUAAGAAAUAAAGUGUUAAAAAUAAAAAAAAGUUGUUUUUAACUUUAAUAAAUGGACGUGGAACACCUUGGAGACGACGUCAGCCUUGAAGAUGGUUAUCACUUAGUCUUCAACAACAUAAGUUUUGGCGUCAAAACAUACUUUAAAAAAAAAAUAUGGUUUCCAUAUAAACGAGCUGAUGAGCAGGUGAUUCUCAAAAAUGCAUGCGGUGCCAUCCGACCGGGUCGAUUGACUUUCAUACUUGGACCUUCAGGAGCUGGCAAGACUACACUGCUGAAAAUAUUAGCUGGACGGAAAAAGACUGGCGUAACUGGUUGCCUUCAAGUAUCUGAUCGGAAUGUUGUGCUGGUAGCUCAACACGCUACACUUAUUGACACACUCACUGUGCAAGAGACAUUGCAAUUCGCGGCUUCGUUGAAGCUGCCACAAGUAACUCGAAAUGAAAGAUACCAUGCGAUUGAAGCAGUAUCAAAACAAUUGGGAAUCUCGGAUGUAUUGAACACUCGAGCUGGUCGCUUAUCGGGUGGUGAACGGAAACGACUCACGAUAGCAUGUGAACUCCUAACAAACCCUUCUAUACUGCUUCUCGAUGAACCAACUAGCGGGCUUGACUCCGUAUCAUCGAUGUCUGUGGCCCAAGCUCUUAAAUCAGUAGCACGUAGCGGGAGAUUAGUUGCAUGCGUGAUACAUCAACCGUCCUCUCAGCUGUUUACCUCAGCUGAUGACGUCAUACUCCUAGCCAAUGGAAGAACCUUAUACUCUGGGGCGAUUGAGGAUAUCCCUGAAUUGUUAAAAAGGUCUGGCCUUGUUUGCCCGCAGUAUUAUAACAUGGCUGACUAUCAUAAUUCAACAGAAGCUGAAGCUCUUCUCGAUUCAAACAUAGUGGUUGUAGAUGGAUAUAAUGCAAAUUUCAGCCAACAAAUGUGCGCUCUGCUCCAUCGAGGAUAUAUAGGAGCACUCCGAGAUGUUCAUUUAACUCAGAUACGACUUGUAUGCCACUUAAUAGUGGCUUUGUUGCUGGGUGCGCUGUACAACGGCGCGGGUGAGGAAGCGAGCCGCAUGAUCUCCAACACCGGAUGCCUAUUCUUCUUCCUGCUCUUCCUAUAUUUCUCUAACGCCAUGCCAACAAUACACACAUUUCCAGUGGAAUCAACUGUCGUCCUUCAAGAACAUCUUAACAAAUGGUAUUACUUAUCAACAUACUGCGCUACGAAAAUAAUAAUUGACUUGCCGAUACAGCUCUUGUGUGCAACAGUCUUCGUAUUACCUGCUUGGUACUUAACAUCACAACCUCUGGAAGCUCAUAGAAUUGGUUUAGCUUGGAUCAUCUGUGUCUUAAUAACGAUACUAGCUCAAACUUUCGGGUUAGUGGUAGGAGCUGCAUGUGGAGUCAAGCUUGGCCUAUUCGUCAUACCAGCCGCAAAUAUUCCGAUGUUGAUGUUUUCGGAAUUUUUCAUACCCUACCAUGAAAUGCCCUCGUAUCUACAACCAUUUGCCUCGAUAUCAUAUUUUCGAUACGCAUUUGAUGCAUUAAUGCAAACUGCGUAUGGUUUCGGUCGUAGUGUUCUUCCUUGUCAUGCAGUCUUUUGUUUAUUUAAACGACCUGAGAAAUAUCUAGAUUACUUAGGUCUUUCGAAAGACUUCAGAACUGACAUAAUAGCUAUAGUUAUAUGGAUUAUAAUCCUAAAAAUAUCACUUAUGUGCGUUUUAAAAUAUAAAGUCUACAAGGCGUGUAGAUAACUACAGUAUUGUUACAUACAUUUAUUAUAUGACACAUUUUUAUGUCAUGAAUACAUGUAAAAUAAUUGGGUAUGUUGUAUAUUUUAAAGAUAUAUUAAAACAGAGAUUGAAAUAAUUAUAAAGAAUGUUUUAUAAUAUUUUACCUAGUGUAUGUUAAGUUAAAUAUAAUUUAAGACCUAUGUAGGUAAUGGUGCUAAUGCUUCCAAGAAGUUUUGUAAUUUGAUCUGAGAGAUAAAUACUUAAUGUACGUUGUAUUGCUAAUAAAAAUUGAUAAGAUUUAUAAAAAUGUACAUAUAUAUUUGUAAAAUAAUAGUCUUACAAUAAAUAUAAAUAUCAGUAUUUUCUGUAAUCCAUCCUGAAGAGUGUUGCACUGACAAAUUUAAUAAGCUAAAGCAGAUUUCCCAAAUUAUAGGGCGUAAUCAUAGGCAUUCUUGCCUUACCUUUUUGAUGAAACUAUGAAAUUCCUCCUUUCCUUCAUUACCUUUGAAUUUUAGGCUGUUUAUUAUUAAAAAUUAAUAGCAGCUAUAACAAAAAAGCAGUAAUGACAAUUAACAGGUAACAAAUACAUUCUUCUCAUCGUUAUAGUUAUGCCUCGUUUUCUUUAUGGAAACAAAGUGAGUCCUGAGUUUGGAUGUUUUUUGUUAGAUGGGUCGCGGUCCAAUCAACUUUAGGAACAAUUGAAGUAAAGUAAAAAUACUCAUAGAUAUUGUAUUUAACAUUACAAAUUUCCCCCAGAGUAUUAUUUGUUUAUGAUCUAUUAGAAAAUUACUGGAUGCGCUUUAUUUUACACAAUUAAAAAUAAUAAAAUUCCUACGAUAUAAAGGAUUUUUAAAAAAAUUGUUUGUUCUAACUAAAAACAACAUGUACUUUGGAUAUAAUUAUUCAAACAAAAUAAAUCCAUCUUUCCAUUAGAUUAUUAAAAAUUUGAUGACUAAAAUAAAACGUAUUAUUAUUUUAAUCAUUUAUGUGUUGUGCGCUUGGUUUUUCCCUGCGCUUGUCCCAACCUAUUCGGGGUCAGUGCGACAUGUCUUUUCCUUCCAUUCUCCUCUAUUAUUCGUCAUCUGAUCGUUCACAUCCAUCUUUCUCAUAACCUUCCUGACACUCUAUCCAUGUUUUCUUAGGUCGACCUCUUCCUCUCCCUACCUCUACGCUCAUACUCGUCACUCUUUUAGUAACGCGUGUCUCUGCGCCUCACAUGUGCAUCACAACUCAAAAUCAAAAACAAA